GACGGAGAGGAAAACAGAGUAAGAGACUGUUUUUUUGAAUGUGUGGGAGAGAGAGACUGUCAAUUGAAGUGACAGCGGAAAAAAAAAAGUUGAAGAGCCCGCUGAGAGGUUGGAAGAGAACAUCACUGUGACUGACUGCGAGAGAAAAAGCAAGAGAGAUAGAGAGAGAGAGAGAGAGGGAUAGAGAGCGAGAGGGAGGAUGAGUGUGGGGAGGAUCAGCCGCUACAGCAUCGUCUCCUCGGAGGAGGAUGGCCUCCGUCUGACCACCAUGCACGGCGGCGGCGGCGGCGGCGGCAUGAACGGCUUCGGCAACGGCAAGAUCCACACGCGGCGGAAAAGCCGCAACCGCUUCGUCAAGAAGAACGGCCAGUGCAACGUCCAGUUCACCAACAUGGACGAGAAGUCGCAGCGCUACCUGGCCGACAUCUUCACCACCUGCGUGGACAUCCGCUGGCGCUACAUGCUGGUGGUGUUCACGCUGGUGUUCGUGGUCAGCUGGCUGGCCUUCGGCCUGGCCUUCUGGGCCAUCGCCCUCUUCCACGGCGACCUGGACAACCCGGCGGGCGACGACAACUUCACGCCGUGCGUGCUGCAGGUCAACGGCUUCGUGGCGGCGUUCCUCUUCUCCAUCGAGACGCAGACCACCAUCGGCUACGGCUUCCGCUGCGUGACCGAGGAGUGCCCGCUGGCCGUCUUCCUGGUGGUCUUCCAGUCCAUCGUGGGCAGCAUCAUCGACUGCUUCAUGAUCGGCGCCAUCAUGGCCAAGAUGGCGCGGCCCAAGAAGCGCGCCCAGACGCUGCUGUUCUCCCACAACGCCGUGGUGGCCGUGCGCGACGGCAAGCUGUGCCUCAUGUGGCGCGUGGGCAACCUGCGCAAGAGCCACAUCGUGGAGGCGCACGUGCGCGCCCAGCUCAUCAAGCCGCGCGUCACCGAGGAGGGCGAGUACAUCCCGCUGGACCAGCUGGACAUCAACGUGGGCUUCGACAAGGGCCUGGACCGCAUCUUCCUGGUGUCGCCGCUGACCAUCCUGCACGAGAUCGACGAGGAGAGCCCGCUGUACGGCAUCGGCAAGCAGGACCUGGAGACGGCCGACUUCGAGAUCGUGGUCAUCCUGGAGGGCAUGGUGGAGGCCACGGCCAUGACGGCCCAGGCGCGGAGCUCCUACCUGGCCAGCGAGAUCCUGUGGGGGCACCGCUUCGAGCCGGUGCUGUUCGAGGAGAAGAACCAGUACAAGGUGGACUACUCGCACUUCCACAAGACCUACGAGGUGCCCUCCACGCCGCGCUGCAGCGCCAAGGACAUGGUGGAGAGCAAGUACCUGGUGCCCGCCGCCAACGCCUUCUGCUACGAGAACGAGCUGGCCUUCCUCAGCCGCGAGGAGGAGGAGGAGGAGGAGCAGGAGAGGAGCCGGGCGGGGGGAGGAGGCGUCGGUGGCGUCGGUGUCGGCGGGGGGGAGCGCGCUCUGCCCGGACUCAGCCCCGACCGAACCAGCCGUCUGCAGACGCCGCGGCCCCACGAACAGAGGUCGUACCGCCGCGAGUCGGAGAUAUGA